UGAAGCUACAUGUGCACUUGCACACACCAGGUUUCACCCCAUAAACCCUCUCUCUCUACGAUUCUUCAUCUCUCCUUGUUUUCUCUCACAUCCAUUUUCCCAAUGCCACCGUCAGCUUCCGCCGCCAGAACCCUUGCGGAGCUCCGCCGUAUCGCCACCCUCACACGCAGUGUCUCCAGCUCCGGUAAUUUCCUCUCACUAAGACCGUUCAGCUCCGCCGCAACCGUUUCUAAUUCCGACCCAACAUUUUCCUCUUCCUCCGAUUCAAAUGGAAAAGGUUCAAAAUGGUUGCUGUUUGUACCUGGGGCAAUUGCAUUUGGUCUUGGGAGUUGGCAGAUUGUUAGAAGAGAAGAAAAGAUUAAAAUGUUGGAGUAUCGAGGGAAGAGGUUGGAAAUAGAACCGUUGAAACUCGGUAGCACUUAUCCUUCAAGUGAGGAGUUAGAUUCUCUUGAAUUUAGAAAGGUGGUCUCCAAGGGAGUUUUUGACGAAAAAAAAUCAAUCUACGUAGGACCACGUUCAAGAAGCAUUUCAGGAGUUACUGAAAAUGGUUACUAUGUUAUAACACCUCUUAUGCCAGUUCAUAAUCAUCCUGACAGUGUCGGUUUUCCAAUUCUCGUUAACAGAGGAUGGGUUCCCCGCAGUUGGAAAGAAAAGUUUUUAGAGGCUUCGCACGAUGAAAAGUUUGCAGAUCCACUUCCUUCCCCUUCACAAGCUGAUGGAACCGGAUCUUGGUGGAGAUUUUGGUCUAAAGAGCCCGUUCGCAGUGAGGAUCCGGUCCCAUCUGUAACACCUAAAGAAGUGGUCGGUGUAGUUCGUGGAAGUGAGAAACCGAGCAUAUUUGUUCCUGCAAAUGAUCCCGAGGCUUCUCAGUGGUUCUACAUUGAUGUUCCUAGCAUUGCCCGAGCUUGCGGCCUUCCGGAAAAUACUAUCUAUGUUGAAGAUAUUAAUGAGAAUGUCAAUCCAAGUAAUCCAUACCCUGUUCCUAAGGAUGUCAAUACCUUGAUUCGAUUCUCAGUCAUGCCACAGGACCACGUAAACUACAUAUUGACAUGGUAUUCUCUUUCAGCAGCAGUUACAUUUAUGGCUUUCAAGAGGCUAACACAGAAAAUUAAGAGGAGAUAGCAAAUUUUUACUGUUAUAGUUGGAUUUUGCAGACACAUAACACCAAAAGGAUCAUUUUCAAAGCAACAUGUACUUAUUCAAUUGAAGUUUUCUGAGAAAGUUACCUCCACCUCAAAAACACUUAUGAUAUUUAUUGGAGAAAAUAAUUUUUUAUUUUUUUGAUACAAUGAGAUGGAUAUGUGGAUAUUUACUGUCUUUUGGUCAAAAAAUUUAUUAGAAGAUACUAAUGUUUUGUAAAAUGUAUGUUGGAUUAGAGCAAUAAGGUUUUUAUAUUAAAAUGCA